AUGGCAUUCGCUUGGAAAAAGAACUUUAGCUACUCAAAAUACGCUUCUAUUUGCUCUCAAACAGUUCGUCAGGCAUUAAAGCCUGAAAUACGUUCUGAUCUUAAGGGUUCUAACAACGUGGAAUUCGUCUAUGCCAAGUGGAAGAACGGUACCCAAGAACCAACUCAAACUUACCAAUCGAGUGACGCCGAGCAACAAAAGUAA